AUGACAAUUCGCACAAUGGAACAGGCGAUUGCCUACGAGCUGGUAAUAGAGCUUCUAGCGCAUCAGUUUGCAUUUCCAGUACAAUGGAUAGAAACACAGAAGAGUCUACUGAGAGACAGCCGACGUCUAGUGGAGCUUGGGCCGGCCAGGACACUCCUAGGAAUGGCCCAAAAGACAAUAAACAAUGACCUGGGAUCCAACGUGCAGUUCCUGGCCAGUACGCAGAACCUACCUGAGCUUCUCUAUGCCUAUGAUCAGACGCCCGACGAUUCCACUAUUGACGAGCCUGUAAUUGACACGCCGCAAACCAGCACUGCCCCGGAGCCUAGGACAAUUCCAGAGGCUGCCACCGUGCUGACAGUUCCAGAUGCGCCCUUGACUGCCCUACGGAUCAUCAGGGCGUUGAUUGCGCGUAAGCUCCGCAGGCCGGCAAGCGAAAUCGACCCGAGCCGAUCGAUCAAGGAUCUGUGUGGUGGCAAGUCGACACUACAGAACGAGCUGAUUGGUGACCUCGGACACGAAUUUCCAAACCUGCCAGAUCGUGCAGAAGAUGUCUCACUGGUGGAGCUGGAUGCUGCGCUGGGCGAGGUCUCACUGGGCCCGACCUCGACGGCCCUGCUGCAGCGACUCUUCAGUGCGAAGAUGCCGGCCCGCAUGACCAUCCCUGCAGCUCGUGCACGCAUGGCCGAUAUCUGGGGGCUUCCUUUGCACCGGCAAACUGGCGUCUUGGUGGAUGCCCUGGUAGCGGAGCCCCAGUCACGGCUGCCUUCGUUGGAGGAGGCCCAUGAGUACUGGGACUCUCUGACUGAGGCGUACGGUCAGUCUUUGGGUCUGUUUUUGCAUAAAGCAACCAAUCAUCAGCUUACAGAGCCUGCUAAUAUAAAUAAUGGAACUCCAAGUGGCGACUCUGCUGGGGCAAGGUCGCUCGCGCAGAGACAAUAUGAAGCUCUUCGCCAGUACCUCGCCAUUCCUGCGUUUGAAACAGAGCCGGGCGACUCUCUAGUGACAGAGCUGCAGAGGAAGCUGGACAGCUGGACUACUGAGUUCUCUGAUGAGUUUCUGACUCGUGUCUCGCCUCGCUUCGAUCGCCGCAAAACGCGCUGGUAUCGGGACUGGUGGAAUUCGGCUCGAAAGGAGCUGUUAAACUUAUGUCAGUGGGAUGAGACAUGGACCGAUGAGCUACGAGAUCGUUUCGUCCAGCGUGCAGACUCUACGCUUCUUCAAAUCGCACAGGCGCAUCCAGCUGCGAUAGGGCUUGUCCCUAUGCUCACAAAGGCCCUUCAUCUGCCUCCUGUCGUCCGCUUGGGGGCCCUAGUAGCGAAGGCACCCCACACAGUGGUGACGCCGGCUGGAGAAAUCAGAUGUGAGGAUACCACUCGGGAGACACCUGAUUUUGUAGGCUUCUUUACGCAAUGGAUACAGGCAAAUGUCAAAUCUGGUCUGGUCCAAUGCAACGGGACAGACCUCACCCCGCAAUUACUCGACAGCCUAACCUACGUCAGCCAAGAGGGAGUGACUUUCGCGGACCAGACAUAUCUUCUCACAGGGGCAAGUCCAGGCUCUAUCGCAUAUUGCGUCGCUCGUCGACUGCUGGCUGGGGGAGCCAAGGUCAUUAUAACGACCAGUCGUGAGCCUUCUGCUGCAGCUCCAUCCUUCAAGAAGCUGUAUGAUGAGUGCGGUAGCCGUGGGUCACAGCUCCAUCUUGUUCCCUUUAACCAGGCCAGCGUUUCGGAUUGCGAAAACUUGAUUGAGUACAUCUACGGCCAACUAGGGCUGGAACUAGAUGCUAUCCUACCCUUCGCCGCCACAAGCCAGGUGGGAGCAGAAAUUGACGGGCUGGAUGCCGGAAAUGAAGCGGCCUUCCGAAUGAUGCUUGUUAAUUUAUUACGCCUCCUCGGAUUUGUGGUAGCGCAAAAGCGACGCAGGAAUAUUCGCUGCCGGCCAACCCAGGUCAUCCUCGCACUGUCUCCUAACCAUGGCAUCCUGGGUGGUGACGGUCUAUACGCCGAGUCGAAACGCGGACUCGAGACUCUGCUACACCGAUUCCACUCGGAGUCCUGGGACGAAGAGCUUUCGAUAUGCGGCGUGAGUAUUGGCUGGACCCGAUCCACUGGACUGAUGAACAGUAACGAUAUUGUCGCCGAGACGGCGGAAAAGGAGGGCAACGUCUUGACAUUCUCUGGACAGGAAAUGGGUGACCUGAUUACUUUGCUCUUAACUCCGCAAUGGGUUACUCGCGGCGAGGAUGCGCCCCUUAUGGCAGACUUCUCUGGGAAUCUCGGGUAUUGGCGUGAUGCCUCUGUCCAUCUCGCUGCUGCCCGUGCAGACAUCCGCCAACGCGCCCAGAUUGCUCGAGCAAUUGCAGAUGAGGAUGAACGAGAGGAUAGAGGGCGAAACCCUACAAAGAAUGAAUCUAUACAGCCACGGGCUACCCUACGCGUUGGCUUCCCCACACUACCUCACUAUGAUACCGACCUCCGGCCCUUGCAGAGCACUAUCGAUCCAGAGCUCGUCCCAGCAGAUGCCGUCGUCGUCGUCGGGUUUGCUGAGCUGGGUCCAUGGGGAAGUGCACGCUUACGCUGGGAGAUGGAGUCCCAGGGCAAGCUCUCGCUAGCUGGAUACGUCGAAAUGGCAUGGCUCAUGAACCUCAUCCGCCAUGCCAACAGGCAAGGACGAAACGAUCAAUAUGUCGGAUGGGUCGAUGCGCAGACUGGGCAGUCAGUUGCAGAUUCUGACAUCCCACAGAAAUACGGGGCCAUUAUCCGGUCUAACGCAGGAAUACGGCCACUGCCCUCGGACACAAGAGAGGUCUUCCAGGAGAUCGUCUUGGAAGAGGAUCUGCCGCCAUUCGAGACAACAAGGGAAAACGCUGAAGCUCUGCGCCAGCGUCAUGGAAACAGUGUCAGACUGACUAGCCAGGGAAACGGGGAUACCUGUCAAGUUCAGUUGCAGCAAGGUGUCAGCAUCCGUAUUCCUAAAUCUAUCAUGGCUCCUCCAGUUGUCGCUGGUCAACUGCCAACCGGGUGGUCGCCAGAUAAAUACGGCAUACCGAGAGAGAUCGUACAGCAAGUUGACCCUGUUUCUCUCGUUCUGCUCUGCUGUAUUGCAGAGGCCUUUUAUAGUGCAGGCAUCUCCGAUCCUAUGGAGGUCUUUGAGCAUAUCCACCUCACGGAGCUGGGGAACUUUGUCGGCUCAUCAAUGGGAGGCGUCGUGAGCACGCGAGCACUCUAUCAUCAAGUUUCCCUUGACCAGGAUGUACCAUCUGACGCCCUCCAGGAGACAUAUCUUAACACUGCACCAGCUUGGGUGAACAUGUUGCUGCUGGGAGCUGCUGGUCCGAUCAAGACACCCGUAGGGGCAUGCGCCACAGCCCUGGAAUCGAUUGACUCUGCGGUUGAGUCCAUCCGCGCCGGCCAAACAAAGGUAUGUCUUGUCGGUGGGUAUGAUGAUCUUCAGCCGGAGGAGUCUGCCGGGUUCGCGCGAAUGAAAGCCACAGUAUCUGUCAAGGACGAGCAGGAGCGAGGCCGAGAGCCCUGGGAAAUGUCAAGACCUACAGCCGCCACUCGUGCGGGCUUCAUCGAGUCCCAGGGCUGCGGUGUGCAGUUGCUCUGUCGUGGAGACGUCGCCUUAUCCAUGGGUCUUCCAGUCUAUGGGAUUGUUGCUGGCAGUGGUAUGGCAUCGGAUGGCAUCAGUCGCUCGGUGCCUGCCCCCGGUCAAGGAAUCUCCAGCUUCGCACGGGAGAGCCCAACACAGCCUGCUCCGAUGCGUUUAGCACUCUCACGCUGGGGUCUGAGCAUUGACGAUCUCGCGUUCGCUUCCCUGCAUGGCACUUCAACCCCGGCAAACGAUAUAAACGAACCGUCCGUCAUCCAGCGCCAGAUGGACCAUCUCAACCGCACCGCUGGUCGCCCGCUAUGGGCAAUCUGCCAAAAGUCAAUCACGGGGCAUCCCAAGGCCCCCGCUGCUGCCUGGAUGCUGAAUGGGUGUCUCCAGGCGUUGGACUCUUGCUUGAUACCUGGCAACCGCAAUGCUGACGAUAUCGACCCUGCUCUAAGGGACUUUGACCAUUUGUGUUUUACUACGAAGACCAUUCAAACCAGAGGCGUCAAAGCAUUCUUGCUGAAUUCAUGUGGGUUUGGACAGAAAGAGGGACAGAUGGUUGGCGUCCAUCCCCGAUACUUCUUCGCACUCCUGACCCAACAUGAAUUCGAAGCAUACAAGUCUCGUAUGAAAAAACGCACCGCACGAGCUGAGAGCGCCUAUGUUCGUGCGUUGACAGCCGGCCAUAUUGUCCGUGUGCAGUCGCAGCCCCCGUUUGAUCCUGCGACGAUGCAUGCGAUACUCCUCAACCCGUCUCUGCGGAUUUGCCGGGAUGCAAAGAGCGGUUGCUACCAUGUCACGGAGGCUCCAUGUCUGUUUAGAGAUGGCCCUGAUGUAGUUCAUCACCGAAGGACGUCUUUAAUAACCAAGCCCUCUACAGUCGGCGCUGAUACAGUGACGCUCAGUAGCUUUGCUGCGCACGAGAAUACCAUCUUCAUCGAACGCAACUACACAGACCAAGAACAGCAAUCCUUGCAGAGCCAUCGAGACUUUCGCACGGCCGUCGCCAGCGGCUGGUGUGCUAAAGAAGCCGUGUUCAAGUGUUUACAAACCAUAUCCAAGGGGGCGGGGGCUGCGAUGAAAGAGAUUGAGAUCAUACGCUCACAGGGGGCGCCAUCAGUGGUGUUACACGGAGAUGCAUUGAAGGCAGCCCAGAAUGCCGGUCUCGAUAAUAUUCAACUGAGUUUGAGUUAUGGGGACGACUGCGUGGUGGCGGUUGCCCUGGGUGUCCGUCGGUAA